AUGUGUCUGCUGCUGGCCUGCUGGAUUUGGACCUCGGGUGUGGACAAAGCAACCAGCCGGCCUGGUGGCCAGGGGCAUAAUGCUGGGGUGAUCCAUAGCUCUCACCUCUGGAUCUCCACCCCCUUUCCACUCAUGUGCAUGGUUGCUGUCCUUGGGAAUUUCACACUGUCCUUCAUCGACAACACAUAGAAAAGCCUCCAUGAGGCCAAGUACCUCUUCCUGCCCAUGCUGGCCGUUGCUGACUUGCUGCUAUCCACUACCACCGUGCCCAAGACACUGGCCAUCUUCUGGUUUAGGGCUGGGGAGAUUUCUUUGGAAGCCUGCAUUACCCAGGUAUUCGUCAUCCUUGUCGUCUCCUGUGCUGAAUCGGCAAUCCUACUGGCUAUGCCAUUUGAUUUGCAGAUUGCCAUCUGCCAGCCCCUCAAAUAUGUGACCCUCCUGAUAAAAAGGAGCAAAGAGAUGACAGGGACAAUAGGGUUGGCUGCUUUAGCAAGAAGCUUAUCCAUCGUUUUCCCCAUUGUUUUUCUUGUGAAGUGCUUGACCUGCAGAAACAAACUCCUCCCUCACACCUACUGCAAGCGCAUGGGUAUAGCCAGGCUGGCCCGUGUGGACAUCACCAUGAACGUCUGGUGUGGUGUUAUGAUGGCUGUUUUUGUGAUAGGCGUGGAUGCCACACUCAUUGCUGCGUCUUACCCGCUGAUCCUCCAGACUGUCUUCCAGCUCCCAUCCAAAGACGCCUGGCUCAAGGCUCUGAGCACCUGCGGCUCUCAUCUCUUGGUCAUAUUACUGUGCUUCAUGCUAGCUUUUUCCUGCUUUUUGCACACUGUUUUAGAGCUUGUAUGA